AUGCUGCGACAGCUGAGGAUGUGGACCGCCACAGGAACACCUCGGCUCGCACGACGGCGAUGUGGUGUUGGUGCUGUAGCACUGGGUGCAGCCUCCUGUGCUGUCGCCAUGGCCAGGAUGGGUCAGUUGCAUGAAGCGUACCUGUACCUCACAAUGACAGAGGUCCACGUCGCGGACUUGAUGUCCCGCGUGGCCUGCGCGCAUAGCACGCUGCUGCAGACGCCACAGCUUUGGGAGAUCUUGGGCUACGUGGAGGAUGAAAUCCACGCUGCAUCCCCUUUCGGUUUUGGGCAUCCGUGCAGUCUUUCGUUUUGUCCCGAUGGCGGCAGUCCAAACCACGAGACAUGCCGGUGCGAGCAGCUAGGGCCUUCGUCCAUACCACGCCUGUCGCACCGGAUUUGCAUCAUCUCCACAGAUCCCGGGGACGACAGGCCACUCGAGAUGAAUAUGGCCAAACUAGUCGCCAAGGACCCCCACGAACUUACUCAGUUCUGGAGCCUGACCUACCACUUGAACAGGUUCUACGCAAGAUUGCAUGGCUACCGAUUUCGCAGGCCCGACAUCAGCAACGAGGCCCUUUUCGAGAUGCUGUAUGAUGGGCUCGAGCCUCCGAGGCGCGUGCAGUGGUCCAUCGUGCGCCUCAUACAGCAAGAGUUAGAAGACAGGACCUGUGACUUCGUCGUGUGGAUGGACAGCGACGCAUACAUCGCCUCCUCGGAGCCACUGGAGACCGUUCUGGUGCAGAACGGUCUGCUGAACUCCUCUGACCCCAAUAGCUCCCGUGGCGAGGCUCCUGAGCGACUGUUCUUCUUCGCCUCGGCACUGUCACGGGAGGCUGCAAAAGAGGGUGAGUUUGUCCCGCGUGUCAACAUCAACAUCUCCGACCAUUUCAUGGUGGUUCGGAACACGCCUGUCGCACGCCGGAUGAUGGAAGAAUGGUUCCAGCUGCCAACGCGACCGUCCCAUGGCCUGGAGCGAUUCCGCCAUGAGCUCUUCUUGGAGCAGACGGUCAUGAACGAGUACUUCAUGGCGUUUCCUUCCCUGAUCGCUACGCCACCACCGCUGAAGCACUUCGAAGGCUACGCAGGAUACUUUGCAAGACAUACCGGCGGCAUCAAGGACCAGGCAUUAGCCAUCGCCUUGCGGAAUGCGUUGCUGGACCGGGUCACAGCUCCAAUCAAGCAUCCGAAGUCACCUUGGGCCGCCACCCUGCGAGCAGAUUCGAUUGCCCAAAUAUUGCUCCGAUUGGCACAAAGUGAAAAAGAUUAA